CGCGCUCGAUGCCCCUCGCGUCCGCAGUGCACUUUCUGAGCGCCGCGUCGGCCACCGACGGCCUGUACAAGGUGCUCGCGUGCGGCCUCGUCGUCGCCCUCAUCGCCAGCGUCCGGUCGUGGAGCAAGGGCUACGUGUGCGUCGAGGAGCGCGAGCUUGCCGGCAGGACCUUCAUCAUCGAUGGCGCCUUCUCCGGCACGGGCCUCUCGGUCUUCCAGUCGCUCGCGCAGCGCGGCGCGCAGGUCAUCGCGCUGCACCCGGGCCCGCCCUCGCCCGCCAUCGUCCAGCUCGUCGUCCUCCUGCGCGAGACGACGGGCAACGAGCGCCUGUACGCCGACGAGUGCGACCUCGCGUCGGUCGACUCGGUGCGGGCAUUCGUGCUCAGGUGGAGGAAGGACGCGAGGGCGGGCAUGAUGGGCGAGCACGAGGUGCGGCUCGACGGCGUCGUCUUCCUCGAGGGCGACGCGCCUGGGUCCGACUCGUCGACGCUCGCGCUCGGCGCAGCGCAGAAGUGGGCCCCGCAGCGAGCGUUGCCGGACGAGCGCCUGUCGCGGCACCGCAUGCGGCGCCUCACGGGCCGACACGCCCUCGUCCAGCUCCUCCUUCCCGUCCUCGUCAAGUCGGCGAGCACGUCGACCUCGCCGCUCCGCAUCGUCAGCACCGUCAGCCCGUUGUACGCCAUCGCCGCCGCCCAGCCGCACAAGUUCCGCCCGGACGACCUCGACUACACGCUUAAGGCGGCUGAGGGCGACGGCGAGCCGCAGCAGUACCCGAGCGGCGCGCCGUGGGAGGCCGAGGGUCGCGUCGCGCUCGCCGCCGUCCUCCUGUGGCGCGAGCUCCAGGCGCGCCUCGCGUCGCUCGCGAGCGUCAAGCCCGGCUCGGCCUCCUCGAGCACGACCGCCACCUCGGCCGCGCCCAUCCUCGCGCUGUCGGUUUGCCCGGGCCUCACGCGCGCAUCCCUCUUCGCGACGCUCGCGCCGUCGCUGCGGCGCGCGCCACUGCGCCUCGCGCUCGCCGUCGUCAGCGCGCCGCUCGUGUGGCUCCUCGCCAAGAGCGCCGACGAGGCGGCGCAGGGCGUCCUCGGCGCGUUGCUCGGGCCGGUCGAGGGCGAGAGCGAGGCGGCGAGGGCGGCCAAGGGGCCGGAGAGGGUCGAGAUUGAGAAGGAGCAGGAGCAGGCGAGCGCGAGGGCCAAGGGCGCGGGCAAGGGAGACGAUGAGAAGGAGGGCAAGAGGAGGAUGAGGGUUCGAGGCGGCGCGCUCUACAGGGAAGGGAGGGAGGUCCGCAUCGCCACCCUCGACGAGCUCCCGCCGUCGGUGGGCGCAGCCCUGUGGGACAGCGAGUCCAAGCUCGUCGAGCGCCUCCUCGUCGCUGCGGUCGAGGCGCAGAAGCGCGAGGACCAGGAGAAGCAGGACAGCGAGGCGUCGAGGAAGGAGGAGGACGAGGUCCGGCCGGAGGAGGCGAAGAAGGACGUUUAGAGCGGCCGGUUGCGAGGCUGCCAUGGACACUUGCCUCGUGCUCGACGCUCUC